AUGCAGGGCAUCUUGACACCACCAGAGUUCAGCUCCGCCAAACGCUCCGACGACCCCCACGAGAAGCCCGGUCGCUACCAACCCAAGUCCCGGAAGACGGGCUUUCUUGCCAAGAUGAAGGAAUCGUGGGCGUCCCAAUCGCAAAGGACGCGGUACUUAAAGACGACCGCCAUCGUUUUUGCCAUCAUCUGCCUGUUUUACUGGCUGUCGCCGUCUGGCAUCGCCGUUCAACCUUCAGCCUCUCAGAAACCUAACCCCGAGCCCGUUGGCUUGACUACUGGCGUCAACACCCCCGCCGCUGAGAAACCCGCCGAGAAGCCUGUUGUAAACACUCCGAACCAGGACUCCUCCAAGGAGCCCCCCAAGCCUACCGCCGGAUCCGACUCGUCCUUGAGCAGCGAUGCCACCAAGGCUCCCGCGGCCGGCAGUGACAGCGCCGGAACCCACGACUCCAGUGACCCCGCCUACUCGACCACGAAGUGCUCAAAACCGUACAGCAAGGACAAGCCGCUCGUGCAAUAUGUCCUUAUGAUUGAUGCCGGCAGUACUGGCUCCCGCAUCCACGUUUACAAGUUUAACAACUGCGGUGCUAUGCCCGAGCUCGAGAGCGAAGAAUUCAAGAUGACCGAGAAGGGCGUCGGCGGCCUCAGCGCAUAUAAGGACGACCCUGUCGCUGCCGCCAAGAGCCUGGACCCCCUCAUGAAGGUUGCCAUGGAGCAUGUCCCCGAGAAGCUCAAGGGCUGCACCCCCGUCGCCGUCAAGGCCACGGCUGGUCUGCGCCGCGUUGGCACCGAAAAAGCGGACGCGAUCCUGAAGCAGGUCCGCACCCACCUCGAGACUGACUACCCCUUCCCCGUCGUUUCCGCCGAGAAGAACGGCGUUGCUGUCAUGGACGGCUCUGACGAGGGUGUCUACGCUUGGAUCACCACCAACUAUCUCUUGGGCAAGAUUGGCACUGAGGAAAAGGGCGAGACUGCCGCCAUCUUCGAUCUCGGUGGUGGCUCUACCCAGAUUGUCUUUGAGCCCGUCUACAAGAGCGUCGAUGGUGCCGCUGCCGAGAAGCUUGCCGAGGGUGAUCACAAGUACGAGCUCAACUACGGCGGUCACAAGUUCGAGCUGUACCAGCACUCGCACCUCAACUUUGGUCUCAUGGCUGCCCGCGAGGGUAUCCAUCGGGCUUUGAUUGAGCAGCUCGCCAAGAGCAAGGGCUCCGAUAAGUCGUGGCUGUCCGAGAGCAUUGUCCACCCCUGCAUUCUCCCCGGCUUCGAGCGCCAGGUUAACGUGACGCUCGGCGACGACAAGGAGCAGCACGAAGUCACCUUCAAGGGCCCCAGCGAGCCCUCAUCGGCGCAAUGCCGCAGCCUCGCCGAGAAGCUGCUCAACAAGGACGCGGCGUGUAAGUUGGGCCCCUGCUCGUUCAAUGGCGUGCACCAACCCGCGCUAGCCAAGACGUUUGCCAAGCAGGAGAUUCUUGUCUUCUCCUUCUUCUAUGACCGCAUGGAGCCGCUCGGCAUGCCCGAGUCGUUUACGCUCCGCGAGAUGCACGACCUUACGCACGCGGUCUGCCAGGGCAAAAAGGGCUGGAGUGCGUUUGAGAGCAACCCUAGGGCUAUGGAGGAGCUCGGUGACCGCCCGGAGUACUGCCUCGACCUCAACUUUAUGCUCGCGCUGCUCCACACCGGCUACGACAUGCCCAUCGACCGCGAGAUCAAGAUUGCCAAGAAGAUUGACGGCAAUGAGCUCGGAUGGUGCCUAGGUGCCAGCUUGCCGCUGCUCGAGGCUAACUCGGGCUGGAAAUGCCAGGUCACUAAAAUUGCAUAA